AUGCCCUUGCGGUGCCUGUCUACGCGUCGACGUACGUAUCGUGUGGCUUAUCGCAGCUCGUUCGUGUUCAACGACUCGGCCCAUGGUGCGGACCUAUUCGGUCUGCGCGCCCCCGGCAACAUCUACUCGCGUAUUGGCAACCCGACCGUGGACGUGUUCGAGCAGCGCAUGGCCGCGCUCGAGGGCGGCGCCGGCGCCGUCGCUGCUUCGUCGGGCCAGUCGGCGCAGGCUAUGGCGCUGCUGUCGCUUGCGCAGAACGGCGACAACAUUGUCGCGUCGACGUACCUCUACGGCGGCACAUACAACCAGCUGAAGGUGCUCUUCCCCAAGUGGGGCGUGCAGACCAAGUUUGUCUCGAACUUCUCAGUAGAGGAGAUUGAGAAGGCGAUUGACAGCCGCACGAAGGCCGUGUAUCUCGAGACGAUCUCGAACCCCCGCUACACGACCCCCGACCUGAAGGCGAUCUGUGAGAUGGCGCAUAAGCACGGUGUGCCGGUUGUCGCGGACAACACGUUCGGCAUGGGUGGUUACGUCGUGCGUCCGAUCGAGCACGGCGUCGAUGUCGUCGUGCACUCGGCGACCAAGUGGAUUGGCGGCCACGGCACGACGAUUGCCGGUGUCGUGAUCGACUCGGGCAAGUUCGACUGGCAGAAGAGCGGGCGCUUCCCCCAGUUCACCGAGCCGUCAGAGGGCUACCACGGCCUCAAGUUCUGGGAGACGUUCGGCCCCGCGACGCUCGCGGCAUACGUGCGUGUGGUCAUGCUGCGUGACCUGGGCUCGUGCCUGAACCCCUUCGCGAGCUUCCUGCUGCUGCAGGGUCUCGAGACGCUGUCGCUGCGCGCGCAGCGCCACUGUGAUAAUGCGCUCAAGCUCGCCGAGUGGCUCGAGCAGCACGAGCAGGUCUCCUGGGUGCUGUACCCUGGCCUCAAGUCGCACCCGACCCACGAGAUCGCGAAGAAGUACCUGACGCGCGGCUUUGGCGGUGUGAUUUCGUUCGGGAUCAAGGGCACGGAGGCGCAGGCCAGCAAGUUUGUCGACUCGCUGCAGCUUGCGUCGAACCUGGCGAACGUCGGUGACCUGAAGACGCUCGUGAUUCACCCCGCGUCAACGACGCACCAGCAGCUGGACGACAAGGAGCAGGUGGCCUCGGGUGUGACCAAGGACCUGAUCCGUGUCUCGGUCGGCUGCGAGCACAUUGAGGACAUCCAGGGCGACUUUGCGCAGGCCUUUGCCGCGAUCGCCUAG